GCUGAAGUUUUUCAUUCUGCUCACUUUGACAUUGUAAACAUAUGCUGUGGGUACUCGCGGACAACUCGUGUGUCAAUCGUUUACCCGCUUUUGUAGCGGGUUAGUUUAAGAACUUUGGAGUAUUGUGCUUUUAAAAUCAAAUACGUAUUUAAGUUGAGCUAUUCAUCUCAUAAUGGGUGAUCAUUCACAUCAUGGACAUCAUUUUCAUCCUGCGAUGCAGAAUAGCAGCGAGGAUUCCAUUUACAAUACCAUACCUGUCACAACUGCAGCAACAUUAAUGCAAGCAGUAAUGACAACAGUCAUGUCCUCACACCACCAUCAUCACUCUUCUAUUGAAACACAGGCUGGACAUAGUGUGGACAUGGAGCAUGUUCCUCAAGACUCUGCACAUCUUUCACAUGUUCAUUCAAGUCCUGUGGCACACAGUGGAGAUCACAUGCAGAUGUAUUUUCACUUUGGAGUAGAUGCUAUAAUUUUAUUUAAGGAAUGGACUACCUCAACAACUGCAGGUUUAAUUGGCUCUGUUAUUGGAAUAUUUAUUUUGGCCAUGCUGUAUGAAGGCAUAAAAUUCUUCAGAGAGUAUUUGUUUAAAAAAUAUUUCACAUCUUUAGAGUAUUCUUCAGUAUCUGUAUUAGGAGAUGAUGGGAAACCUGUAACAGAAGUUCAUAAAGUUGCAAAGAAUCGAAUGCUUAGUUGGCCCCACAUGUUACAGACUUUUCUUCAUGUUAUACAAAUGGUUCUAAGCUAUUUCCUGAUGCUUAUAUUUAUGACAUAUAAUGUUUGGUUAUGCUUACCAGUUGUAGUAGGUGCUGGUGUUGGAUACUUUUUGUUUGGCUGGAGAAAAGCAACUGUGGUUGAUAUAACUGAACAUUGUCAUUGAAGAACAGGGGAAUCAAGUGUCAAAUAAUUAAAAACUUUGUAAUGAAAUGUUUGUGAUUAUAUAUGUAUAUACUCUUUGCCUUUUAAAGCUAAGGCAAUAUAUGUAAAAAUGCAUGCUUGAAUCUCAAAAAAAAAAAAAAAAAAAAAAAAAAAAAA